AUGUUGACUCCCAGUUUGGAUGGUCUGUCGCGCAUUAAAAUCGAUUAUAAGCAGAUCGAGCUGUUGCGAAGGGCCGCUUUGGCCAAAAAUGUCAAGGUUACUCCAGAACAUUUCAAACAACUCGACGAAUGCGGAAGCGUCGGUAAGUUGCAUCUUUUUUUGUGCGUCUGUUUACAUCGUCUAGUUUUAGACGAGGUAAUUCCACUUCCAUCCACCUCGGCGAUCGCUUUUGACGAGUUUGAUCGCAAAACCAACAAGCGAAAAAUCGAAGAAGAGAAAAAUUUACUGGUAGUUAAUUUUUCACAUUCUUUUCGACAAUCUGCAGUGAUCGAUUUUGCAGAGUGGUGAAAGUUGCCCGAGAUGUAACUGUCGCAUGUUGCGCUCCGUGGACCCGGGACGUACGGACGGGCGGCUUGUGCUCGAGUGUAUGCGUUCAAACUGCCUGGCUUCCAUCAAAUUCACCACUCUUCCUGUCGGAACCGUCAUUGGACACGAAAAAGAGCCCAGAGUAUGUUUUGUUUUACUUUUCGAAAUCUCAUUUCGAUCUUCUGGCUCUUCAGCCGCGCAAUGCGUACAACUCGAUGUCUCGGUACUAUCCGAAGGGCCGUUACACUCCGACGCCUUCAGAUGGUGAAGAAGAUUCUACGCCUGGACCGUCAAAGCGAAAGCCGCGCGGCGGUGCUCACAAGAAGGAUGAAAUUUUCGAAGUCAAGAACGGAAGAGACCUGUAUGUUAGAGUUUCAGGCCAGGACGUUUCGGCCCGCAUUUGGUAA